AUGGCUGCUCUUUGCACGAGGCUCCGGGUGCUCCAGGCGAGCCUCUGGCUGAUGACUCUGGUCACAGGUGGGAUGUCAGCAGACAACAGCACCAGGAACAGCACAGGCGGCGGGUGCCCCAUGGUGCAGCAGCACCUGCGCUACGUGGCGGCCAAGAAGAACAUGCCCGUCCACUUCAUCUGCUACUCCCAGGAGCCCCAUAACAUGCAGUGGUACAAAAUGGCGGAGGACAGCGAUGACCUCUACGAGCUGGAUCACACCACCUCCCGCUACAGCAUCAAGAGGAAAGACAACUACAUCAACUUCACCAUCUUCAGGAUCACCUACGAGGACAACGGCAUCUACGUGUGUGAGAGCAAGAACCUCACGGCGGAGAAGAAGCAGCCGCAGUUGUGCGGGACAGAGCUCAGAGUCAUGGGUCACAGUAACAUCCAGCAGAUCCAGAGCAGGAACACCCUGAAAGACGCCAUCAUCAUCAUCCAGUCCAUCCUGCUCGUCAUCUUCAUCAGCGUCCCCAUGCUCCUCUUCCUAGAUAAAGGUGAAGGCAAGGAAAGCCCAGAGGAGGACCACACCUAUGAGGGCCUGGAGGUGGAGCAGAUGGCCACCUACGAGGACAUCACUCCUUUCCGGGACGUGAAGGCCAAGUGGACAGUUGGGGAGCACCCAGGCGAAGAGUGA